CACGAUCAUGAGACCAAACGUUCCUUGGGAGGGGUUGGCUGCUCUACAGGUUAAAUAGAGUUGGUUGGCACCUGUUUUACAACGAACGAUGAUGAGUCCGUGAGGCAGGGCAGUUGGUCUACAUAAAUCCAACAGCAUGUAAUCAGGAUGGUAGGAGGAGUUGAACGCACAAAUGUAAAUGAAUGCUGCAUGCCACUAGACUUCAUGUUUAGAGGCAGUAAUGUCCAUCACCAGCUAACCUAACCCAAUAUGCCUGCACAGCAAGACUGAACAUAAUUGUUGCAACAGACGGGGUACUAAUUCCGAGAACAACAACUACCUUCAGUCAGAUCAGCAGUCAGAGUCUUUGUGAGUGACGGUAUGCAUAUCUACCCCCGAGGUGACUCUGUGGUUGAUAAAUUCAAGGGCUGGAUAUUAAUGUCCUACAAGUCAGAAGUCCGUCAGAAUUCAGCGACUAGCUUGUUUUGGAUGGUUAAGAAGAAGGAGAAACCUGUACCGGCAAUCGUGUGCCACCAUUGUAUUUCAAGUUGACAACAGAUCGACUUGGCCUCUCAUCGUCAACGUCGGUGAAGGGCUUGUUCUUCACUGAGUCCAAUUUCCAUCGAGUGAUCCGGUUAGAUUACAGCCUGGAACGGCGAAAGCGAUUUAGCAAUACGUGCCUCCACAUUUUCAAUUCGUUUGCGCAAUUUGCCGGGAUGGCCAGUAGAGUAGUCUUCGAAGGAGUGUGUCAAUUUUUGUACAAGAUGCCGGGUAAAAGAAACAAGAGGGUCUCGACCACCUUUUCUUCGCGUGCAGGAGAGUUGAUCUCUGUUUUGCCAAAUUCACGUCAUUCGGAGAAACUGGACACCACAGCGAGUCGGAAACCUGGAGAACGUCCGCGGAGGAAGCUGAAAACCUUUAGAAGGGCUUCUCUGGCCAAUAUGGGACGAGACCUAGCUCUGGAGGAGCACGUGACCACGCGUCACUCUUGGAGGAGCGAAAGCAGACCAAUGCUAGCCCCAGGCAGAACGCCACUGAAACAAAUUAGGUCCGGAGUAAAGGUCAUAGUUCGGAAAUUGCGAAACUCAUUGCGGCGCUUCAGGGAGAUGGCGAAGGCUACAAACCUGCAGAUUUGUGAUCUGUUUCCUAAUAACCGAAUGCUCAUGCAUGUCACUGCCACUCCCCUUUGUCGAGCCAAGGUAUCCUCGUCGUGGCAGAUGAAGCACCAGCCCUCCCCAGGGCUUGGUCGAUCCCUUCCUCAUCGGUCCUCAUGCUUCGAGUAACCAUGCUUUCAUUGACUUCCGUGUACAUUGCACCCCUUCUAGCCGUCGCACUCUCUCGCUCUCUCUCUCUCUCUCUCUCUCAAUUACUUCUCCAGCUCCCAGAAAUGUGCAGCGAUCGUAUCUUAGAAAACCAGGUAUUGCACAGUGUGAAGCCCCUUCAAACAACACAGUACACUAUUUGGAAGUUGGCAUUUCCGCCGAAGAUAACUUAGUAGCCAGGUGUAUGUCAAUAAAAAAAAAAAAUUGCUACACGUCACGGCAAUUCCGAGAGAGGGUCGAAGCUCAAUAUUUCUACUAUAUUUCCUGUGUUUAUUAUGGGAGGGCACAUUGGGUUGAUAUAACAGUGGUGCUCCUUCAUAUUUUCUGUACUCCG